AUUUUCAGGUGACGUGUGUCUUGCGGUGUAAUAAAAUUUUGUUUCGAUAAUUUCCGAAAAGCGUGAAGAAAAAUGUUGUCUAAUAUUUCUUUACUGUCGUUUCUUUUAAUAUUGGAUGCCAGUUGGGGUUUGUACUUUCACAUAGCAGAAGGAGAACGAAAAUGUUUUAUAGAAGAAAUACCGGACGACACUACAGUGCUUGUAAACUACAAGGUAGAGCUAUAUGACCCUCGUUCGGGUGGUUUCAUGCCGUCAUCACCUGGAAUUGGUAUGCAUGUAGAAGUUCGGGAUCCCAAUGAUAAAGUAAUUUUGUCUCGGGUGUAUUCCUCGGAGGGGAUGAUAUCGUUUACGUCUACUACACCUGGUGAACAUGUUAUUUGUAUGUAUUCCAAUAGCACUUCAUGGUUCAGUGGAUCACAAUUAAGGGUGCACCUUGAUAUCCAAGUUGGUGAACAUGCAGUGGAUUAUGCUAAUGUUGCACAAAAGGACAAACUUACAGAAUUACAAUUAAGAAUCAGACAGUUGCUGGAUCAGGUUCAUCAAAUUACUAAGGAGCAGAGUUAUCAAAGACAUCGUGAGGAAAGAUUCCGUCAAACAUCUGAGAGCACAAAUCAAAGGGUUCUCUGGUGGAGUUUGCUUCAAACUGGUGUGCUAGUCGCAAUUGGAUAUUGGCAAAUGAGGCAUCUUAAGAGUUUCUUUGAGGCAAAGAAAUUAGUUUAAAUAUAGUAAUAAAAAUAGCUCUACUAUAAAA